AUGCAACCUCCUCUCACCUUGCGUAUCAUGAUUGGCAUUAUCUUUCCUCUGCUCGUCACGACAGGGCUCUGUCACCUCCACUCUGCCGGGAUGCAUCUCUUCCAGCUGCAGAUUUUUGGUUCAUUCAAGAAUGUCCCAAUCAUUACACACUCACCACAGUGGGUAGUCUAUCCUGCUCUCUGGCUCUUGGCUUUGGCCAUUGCAGUGGCCAUUCGUUGUGUUUGCGCGAUCAUAAUGCCGUAUUGUAUAAAUAAUAUGGCCAAGACUAACACUCCAACCAGGGCGUGGUCAAUUUGUGUUCGUUCUGUGCAACUGUCCCAGGUGGCAUCUCCAUAA